AUGUGGUGGGUCAACGCACGGGACGUCGAGCAGCUGUGGAAGGACAGGUUCACGUACUUGUACAGGGAAGAAGACAACUUCAUCUUUCCGAUCACGAUCCACCCCGACGUCAGCGGGCGCCUGCACGUGCUGCUCAUGCUGGAACAUUUUAUCGAGUGGAUUAACACGCACGCGAACGUGCACUGGGUGUGUAUGGCAGACAUGGCGCGCGAGUUCCGGGAGGAGAACCCGCCGCCGGCGGGCGCGCGGAUGCCGCGGGGCAUGGAGGCGGCAUGA